UCUACUGAGAAGGGAGAAGGUGAAAAAACUAGUAGUGGGCCGUCGUUGAAUUCUGUUGGGCGAAAGAUUGGGCCUUCAUCGUCCGAAACGGAGAAGGGAGAUUCCGACCACUGUACUUCACCGAUUGCCCGCUGAUCACUUGGCGAAUCAAUAAACUUCGCGGGUUUGAGGUUCAAAUCUCGCUGUUCUGCUUCUAUCUAGCACGGAAUCGGAAGUCUGUCCUGUAUUCCCAAAGCCUAGACUUGGGUUUUAGGGAAAGACUCAAAAACCCUAAAUAUCACUCUCAUUCAUCCACUGAAUCCUUUAGCCAUGUAUGGUGGUGAUGAGGUAUCCGCUAUAGUUAUUGAUCUGGGUUCUCACACUUGCAAAGCUGGUUAUGCUGGAGAAGAUGCUCCCAAGGCUGUUUUCCCCUCUGUUGUUGGAUGUACUGAUGAAAUGGAUGUUGAUGACACUACAAGUACUGAAAAGAACUCUGGAUCUGCUGGAGAAUCUAAAAGUAAUGCUAAAACUCUUGAUUCUGAUAAAGGCAAGGGAAAACGUAAACUAUAUGUCGGUUCUCAAGCAUUAGGUUUCCGCCGCGAUAAUAUGGAAGUACUCUCGCCUAUAAAGGAUGGAGUUGUUGUUGAUUGGGAUAUGGUCGACAGCAUAUGGGAUCAUGCUUUCAGAGAAUGUCUACUUAUUGAUCCUCAAGAACAUCCCAUGCUACUUGCGGAACCGUCUUCUAAUUCACAACACCAGAGAGAAAGGACUGCUGAGAUUAUGUUCGAGAAGUACAAAGUUCCUGCAUUGUUUUUGGCAAAAAAUGCUGUUCUCACGUCAUUUGCAUCAGGUCGUGCCACAUCACUUGUUGUUGACAGUGGUGGUGGAUCAACAACUGUUGCCCCGGUACAUGAUGGCUAUGUUCUACAAAAGGCUGUUGUAUCUUCCCCUGUCGGUGGAGAAUUUCUUACUGAUUGUUUGUUAAAAAGUUUGGAGAGCAAAGGUAUCAAGAUAAUGCCAAGAUACUCCUUCAAGAGAAAGGAAAUACGACCAGGAGAAUUUCAGACAGUGGAGCUUGAUUUUCCAAAUACAACUGAAAGUUACAAACUAUACUCACAGAGGGUUAUUGCUAGUGAUAUUAAGGAAUGCGUAUGCCGAGCACCAGAUACUCCUUAUGAUGAAAGUGCGUAUUCAAAUAUCCCAAUGACUCCAUAUGAACUUCCUGAUGGCCAGACAAUUGAAAUUGGGGCUGAUAGAUUCAAGAUUCCUGAUGUUCUGUUUAACCCUUCGUUAGUACAGACUAUACCUGGGAUGGAGAGUUUCACUGAGACAGCUCGCUCGGUUCAGGGAUUGCCACAUAUGGUAAUUGAAAGUAUAAAUAAAUGUGAUGUGGAUAUUCGCAGAGAACUGUUUAGCAGUAUACUGCUUGCUGGUGGAACGGCAUCAAUGCAACAGCUCAAAGAACGUCUUGAGAAAGAUUUGUUAGAGGAGUCUCCUCAAGCUGCUAGGGUUAAAGUAUUGGCGAGUGGAAAUGCAACUGAAAGAAGAUUCAGUGUCUGGAUAGGAGGAAGUAUAUUGGCCUCUCUUGGUUCUUUUCAGCAAAUGUGGUUCUCGAAAUCUGAGUACGAAGAACAUGGAGCUUCCUAUAUUCAAAGAAAAUGCCCGUAGAUGGUAGACAUCGUUCUUUGAAAUGAUAAAUUAUGAAAGGUUGUUGGACGCUCGUUCUGGAUGUAAGCUUCGUCCCCAGGAUAACAGAUUGUUAAAUUCUAGUUUCCGUAGGCAACUCUAGAAAUUACUGUGCAACCCCAGUUGCAUGUGUUCUGUUUAGCUGCUUUUAGCAUCUGCAAUGCAGGAUAAAACUCCAUCGGUUCCCUGUUAUACUAGUAGUUAGGUUUAAAUUUACUGCCAUCUUUUACAUUAUAUGUGAAUGUGCUGCCCCCAUUAGUUUGCUGUUUAAUUUGUAUAUUUAAACUUCUGACCAUUAAGGCAGCCACUAGAUGGUAGUGCAACAUUGUCUUCAACUAUGUGACACAAGCCAUUCACCUUAGAAAAUGGUAAAAAUGAUGUUGCGAAGAACUGCUGCAUUACAUUUUGCA